AUGGUUCUCAUGGCCAUUCGGCAGGACUUUGAGGCCGUUUGCCAUGCUCAUGAAACUUUGGCUGGUGAUUUCUCGUUUAUGUUCAGAGCAGUUCGAGUUGAUGGACGUGCCUUGAAAGGUGCAUCAAUUGAGCUGCAAGCUGAUCCAGACUUGGUCUUGGCAGCCGUGCAGCAAAACUGGCGAUCGCUAGGCUAUGCCAACAGGGCUCUGCGUGCAAACCUGGACUUCAUGCUGCAAGCAGUAGGUGUCGACGGCUUUGCCCUGGCCAUGGCGGCUGAGGCCUGGCGGUCCGGCGGUCUCGUACUGCACAUGGCGGCAGCAUCAACAAACUAA